GAUUCAUACCUGUUUUGUUUUAAUUCAUAGAAUGUACAUUUUCUCACUUUUUCUGUAUGUAUUUAGUGUCACCGCAUCCAGUCUGCGUGUGUAUUUGGGAAGGAGGACACAGCAAGGAAUCAAUGCCAAUGAAGUCAGCAGAAAUGUCACUACGAUCAUCAGCCACUCCUCCUAUGACAGGAACACAAAAAACAAUGACAUCGCUCUGCUCCGGCUGUCCGCCCCAGUCACCUUCACUAACUACAUUAGACCUGUGUGUCUGGCGGCCCAGGACAGCGUCUUCCCUGCUGGCACCAGCAGCUGGAUCACAGGCUGGGGAGAUAUUCAGUCUGGAGUGAGUUUGCCUGCUCCCGGGAUCCUGCAGGAAACUAUGGUUCCAGUUGUGGCUAAUGAUCAGUGCAAUACUCUUCUGGGCUCUGGAUCUAUUACCACCAACAUGAUGUGUGCUGGUUUAAUGGAGGGAGGCAAAGACACCUGCCAGGGUGAUUCUGGUGGUCCAAUGGUGAGCAAGCAGUGUUCAGUGUGGGUUCAGUCUGGUAUCACCAGCUGGGGUUAUGGCUGUGCCGAUCCCAACGCACCUGGUGUUUAUUCCCGUGUGUCACAGUAUCAGAAUUGGAUCACCAGCAAUGUUGGCAGCAACCUGCCGGGUUUUGUCACCUACAACCCUACAACC